AUGGGAAAUAUCCUCUUCUUCUCAGGGGUGACUCUAACCAUCGGUCUGAAGUCCACUAUGCAAUUUUUUAUGAAACGUCAAAACUUUAAGGGAACUCUGUCUUUUGGCAUGGGCUUCUUCUUUGUUGUUAUAGGAUGGCCUAUUCUGGGCAUGAUUUUGGAGGCAUAUGGGUUUAUUGUACUUUUUAGUGGCUUCUGGCCAACACUUGCAGUUUUCUUACAGAGGAUACCUAUUCUUGGUUGGCUUUUGCAGCAACCGUAUAUCAGAUCGCUGUUCGACCGGUACCGUGGUAGACGUGUUCCUGUAUGAGGAUGGGAAAUAACACUUUAGCAUAAUCCACUUGUAUGGAAUAUGGUGAGGACAAGACGUAUCGCUUAACUUUGUUCCUCGGUGAAGUAGAAAAUGAGUCUCGUGUGAGAUCAAAUUCUACCUUCUCUUUUUGUAUACAGGAAAAAGAUUAAGAAAGGGAAAGUAGUCUGUGCUUUCUGCUGUUGUUUUACUGUUGUUACGGUGUUAACUGCUGGAUGAAAUAUAAUUUUUUCAUUGAGAUUGACCUCUGUAAAUUCCAGUUUUGUUUCUGAAGAUCUUAGGUUAUCUUUGCAAAA